UUCACUUUGAUUCUUCUUCAUAUCGUGCGAUUUUCAGGAAAGCUUUUGUUACUUCAGUUUGGAGAAAAGCAUGACCUCCACGAGAGGCUGGUGCCGCGCGACAGGUUUUGUUCAGGGUGGGGUGUGCCCCCCCCAGGAGCUGCGCAUGGUGCUGGUGGGGAAGACGGGGGCAGGGAAGAGCGCGACGGGGAACACCAUCCUGGGGAGGCGGGUGUUUGAGGCGGAGCUCUGCAUGAGCUCAGUGACGCAGGGGUGUGAGAAGGCCCGAGGCACGGUGCUGGGGCGGCGUGUCAUGCUGGUGGACACGCCCGGCCUGUUCGACACCGCGCUAUCCCAGCAGGCCGUGCAGCAGGAGGUGCUGCGGUGCCUGGCCAUGUCAGCCCCCGGGCCGCAUGCCGUGCUGCUGGUGCUGCAGAUCGGUCGCUUCACCGAGGAGGAGCAGCAGAGUGUGCAGAUCAUCCAGCAGAUCUUCCAGGGAGAUGCCGCCCAGUACAUCAUCCUCAUCUUCACCCACGCUGACAAGCUGAAGGGCCGCUCCAUCCACGACUUUAUCUCCAAGCAGGACCAGAGGAUCCAGGAUCUGGUGGCACGCUUUGGCAGGAGGUUCCUGGCCUUCAACAACGAGGAUGAGCAGGACCACACUCAGGUGGCCAAGCUCCUGGAGAUGGUCGACCGCAUGCUUGCACAGAACGGCAACCACCACUUCACCAACGAGGCCUUCGGAAAGAUGGACCAGGCUCUGGCGGUCUUCCAACAUGAGCAUCUGGAGGGAAACCGCGAACAAAUCGAAAGAGAGAAAAAGGAGGCCAGGGAGAAGUGGGAGGCGGCCUGGGCCGACUUCAGCAGACAGAUGAGUGAGAAGAGAGAGGAGGCAGAGAGGCAGAGGCAGCUUGUUGAGCAGAAGGUGAAGAUGCUGAGCGAGAGGAUAGCAGAGGCAGAGCAGCAGCUCCGAGGAGAGAGCGCGAAGCUGGAGCAGCUGGACACGGCCGAGAGCACCCGCAGGCAGCGGGAGAGAGGCUACCGCAAAAAGAUCGACAACGAGAUUGGCCGGGCGGAGAAGGAGAUCGAUGACCGCUACUGUGAGAGUGCGCGUGAGGAAGCGGAGGGGUCCUCUGACUUCCUGCGGAAGGCAGGUGUCAUUGUGGGAGUCGCCGCCCUCCUGGUGACCGGAGCGGGGAUUGGGGCGGGAGUCACCAUGAUGAUGGGUACAGGAGCGGCUGCAGGAACGGCUGCAGGAACGGGGGGGUUGGCUGGGGCGGCUGCUUACAUCGCUGCCAUGGCUCCAGAGGUGGGACCUGCUGCUGCUGCUGCUGCUGCUGCUGCUGCUGCAAAUUUAGGCCCUCUGCUUGCAGCUCAGUGCUCCGUACAGUAAUGCAGUGAAACUCUUUUCCAGCACACAGAGGCUCACAUGCAUCCCACUGUAAAACUCUUCUACACAGAGACGCUGAUGUAUUCUAUAGUAAACCUCUCCUCCAAAGUUUUGUUGCUAUCAUAUGCAGUAAAAUUCUCCUCUACUGUAAAGCUGUGUUUUCCCACCGUAGCAUUUUUCAAACUUUUCUCAAACACCAGACUUGGGUGUUAUAGGAAAUAUACCUGAUCUGUGAGACAGUUCAUUUACUCUCUGCCUUAAUCCCGUUUCUUUUUUCCACAUAGAGGGCUGUUUUUACCUGGCUCUUAAAAGAGAGGUGUCUGAGGUAAGACAGAUGAGGCAGAAGAGAAUAUGCAGAGACAUUAGAUUUAAUUUCUUCAGUGUGUUUAACAGAUAAAUCAGUUAUCUGAUGUAGGGACAGUGGAGACAUGAUUAAACAGCAACAGACACUUACCUCACAGAUGGGAAUGAGUGUCUCUACUGAAUGCAAUGCAUAGAUUCACUGACUAUAUGAUAUGAUUGCUUCUGCAGUAGAUAUGUAUGAUAUUACAACUUCUGCAUUGUAUUACGAGGAAAAUAUACAAUUCUAUACAACUCGCACUGUUAAUCGUUAUUUGGAGUCCUUGCACUGCACAUAGGCAACUGCAAGGUGCUGGUCUUCAGAAACUUUGAAACUUUGAAACUGGCCGCAUCGCUGGCCAGUAGUACCUGGGAGACCACAGCGGUGGAGCGAACUGCAAUCAUCCAGGCAGAGGUCGGGGGGUAUCGACAGCAUCUGUGUUUGCAUUUGGCACUGAUAUAAAAACGAAGGAGGCAAG